AUGUCUGAACUUCCGCUUUCAGGCCUGUUCCACAGAGCGCUCACGACCGCUGCGAAGGCGAACGACUUGCCCACCAUUGACGAUAAAACUCAGUCCCGCGCCAUUGCGCUAUCACUCUUUAGCGAAAACGAUUUGCUCUCGGACAUUGCUACGCGCGAUCUGGUUUACCUGCUGGUCCCGUUCGUAUUUUCGGAGGUGGAAGGUCGUGUGAGGACUGUUGGUCCGGAGGAACGCCUGGAACGCGCGGAACAUUCUCGCAGACUGUACCGGGCUUUCCUGGCAAGUCUGGAAACAUAUCAAAUCGUCCCCGAGUCAGAGAAGGCACUAUAUGGCCUCUCGAUCCCGUCAACUGCAGACGCACAGAAGCGCAGGGAGGUCAAGAUCAAGCAGUUUCAGAAGGAAAAGGAGCUUAAGGCUAGGAUCACGGAAGUCCGCAAGCGUCGCAAUCACGGCGCACCGGUCAGCGAGCCAUCAUCAGACUUUGAGCUCAUCGCCUCCCUCCUCCCCGAAUCAUCCCAAAAAUCCGUACCCCCACCCGCAGAUGACGAGGACGACGCUGACACCGAAGAGAUCCUACGGGAGGCGAUCCUGCUCCUUCUCCGUCUGACAUACGGCCAGGCGCACGCCCAGCUGCAGAGCCUGGAACAAGAGCUCCAGCUUCUCCGUAGCGCACCCCCGCCGCGGCCCUCGCAGCCCCCAGCGGAUCCUCGACGCGCGAAAGAGCGCCAGGUUGAUAACAUGUGGCGGUUGGACGCGCCAAGGCCUCAAGGGGGACCCGACGGCAAGGGCCCAUUACUGGAUCCUAGCGGAAAGCCUCUCCGACCGUUUACUAUUUUACCCUCGCAGCCGGAUCGUGCGGAGCUGCAGAACCAAGUGUUCGGCCCGGACCAUCGCCUACCCACCAUGUCAAUCGACGAAUACCUCGAGAUCGAGCGCGAGCGCGGGAACAUUAUUACAGGCGGAGGACCCCAAUCAGAAACGAGGCUCACUACCAAAGAACAAUUGGCACUCGAUGCGGAGCAAGACGGCGCUGUGUUCGGUGAGGAGAAGGCGGAAGAGCAGAGGCAGCAAGACGAGAAGUGGGCACAGUACACCGAUACGCACCCACGCGGCGCCGGCAACACACUCAACAGAGGAUAA